CCUUGUUGGGGCUGUGAAAACCACCAGUCUCACAGUUACUGGCAUUCAUGGAGAGAGGGAGUUUUCCACAGAUGGAGAAGGAUAUAUUAAAGUUCAUCUGCGCCAACCAAGGAGCUGUUAACACCGACGACCUGCUGUUUAAUGUGUGCUAUGGCGAGUCCAGCGUUUUUUCUGAGGUUAUUGGCAAUAAGGACAAAUUUGUGUCCUGGUGUUCCCAGGGACAGCCGAAGGUGGUGGGCCGGACCCGGUUACAGCUGUGCAGGGUCAAGAACUGUCAGGGAUGCAGGGGUCUCCACCUGUGUAAACACUACCUGUUCGGUGGCUCCUGCAAAUUCAGUCGGAGAGGAUGCACGUUCUCACAUGACCUGAACUCGUGUCAAAAUCAGAACAUAUUGAAAGAGUUUGAGCUGGAGAUGCUGGAAAGGACAGAGCUGUGCACCCUGCUAUUGCAAAGCGACAACACUCUCCUGCCGUCUAUAUGUUAUGAUUACAAUAACAGCCAGUGUAAUGAGGCUGAUGCCUGUAAGAGACUGCACAUCUGUGAGAAGUACCUGAAGUUUGACUGCAACUGCUUCAAGACUCAUGACUUUAGUGCUCCACAGCCAUUAAAAUGUCUGCAGGAUAGACAUGUGCCAGAGCACCUAAUGCAGGUCUUAAAGUCUGUUUAUUCCAACAAAGAGGCCUUGAGAUCCUCUGACAAAAUGAGCAGUGGGGGCAACAUAGGCAACAGAGGCAGCAGGGGCAACAGGGGCAACAGAGGCAACAGGGGCAACAGAGGCAACAGGGGCAACAGUCAUCAGCUGCCGAGAAGACUUUCCACCUCUGACAUCUUAGCUGACCUCAAAUCCACGGAUCUUACCUCUUAUACAUCAGACAUUACUGCUGCCGACGAUACCGAUGGAAGUAGCGAUGGUGGUCCCAGUAGGAAACAGACUGCCAGGGGGGGGCGUGGCAGCAGAGGCAACAGAGGAAACAGGGGUAACAGGGGUAACAGGGGCAAUGCUCAGCGACUGCAAGAAUCCCGUUCUACCAGUGACAUCUUUGGUGCUGUCAACAACCCAGAUGCAAGCGGUGAUGAUAAACAAAACAGAAGACAACAGACUGUUAAAGAUAAAACUGAAAUAUGCAUGUACUUCAUCAAAGGACACUGUAAACACGAAGAACGCUGUUUUAAAGCUCAUGAUAAGAUGCCGUACAGAUGGCAGAUCAAACAGGGUGGCCAGUGGACUGCUAUGGCUAAUAAUGAGAAGAUUGAGAAGGACUACUGUGACCCUAAAAACACAGUCAGUAACACUGAUCCCCAAGUGCAUUUUGACACAAUGACAUGUGGAUCAGACCCAGUGCGACGCAUCUCUACCAUUAACAGUGUACUUGAGCCGACGUUUAUCCACACCACUGAGUGGGUUUGGUACUGGGAGGAUGAAUUUGGAAAUUGGAGGGAGUAUUCCACCCCUAAUGCCCGACACGGAUCAGCAAAUAUCAACAGUACACAACUGGAAGAAAAGUUCCUCAAUAAUGACAAGGAUGUAGUGGAGUUCACCGCCAGUUCACAGUCAUACUCACUCAGUUUCCAGGACUGGAUACAAACAAACAUUAAGUAUGGGACUAAGAAGCUUGUGAAAAGACGGCCUCGGUUUGUCUCGGCAUCUGAUGUUCAGACACAGAGAGUGAGAAGACCUCAGUCAAAUUUCACUGCUGUACCAGACUACUGGGACAAAAGUCAAAUUCUUUCAACAGGAUACAAGCGUGUCCUCCUCCAGCCCUCCUCGAAUGAAUAUAAGGAGAUUGAAAAACUCUUUUGCCAAACCCUGAUAGGCUUUGACAUUCUUAAAAUGGAGAGGAUCCAGAACAAAGCUCUUUGGGAAGCCUUUCAGUUACAGAAGAAUCACAUGAAGAACAACAAUCGUGGGCAAGAUGUGAAAGAAAAAAAGCUCUUCCAUGGGACUGAGCCUAAAUUUGUCGAUACUAUUUGUGCCACCAACUUCGACUGGCGUCUCUGUGGAGUUCAUGGAACUGCUUAUGGCCAAGGAAGUUAUUUUGCACGAGAUGCCAAAUACUCUCACAGCUACACCGGCCAUUCUGAUGUGAGAUCCAUGUUUGUUUCACGGGUGCUGGUGGGAGACUUCACAAGAGGGUGUUCUGAGUACAAGCGGCCUCCUUCCAAAGACGGCGGUGAUUUGAACUUCUAUGACAGCUGCGUCGACGAUGUUAUCAACCCUUCCAUCUUUGUUGUGUUUGAGAAGCACCAGAUCUACCCUGAGUACGUGCUGCAGUAUGAAGAAAAGCGCUCAACUGUAUCAGUACAAAACAUUUAUGGAGCAACAACAACAAUCAGACCAGCGGCUACUCCAAGACGAGUGGUUGCACCAGCUCCAGUGGUUGCACCAGCUCCAGUGGUUGCACCAAAACCAGUGAUUGCACCAAAACCAGCAUCUCCACUUUACCAACACACAACAAGCUCUUAUUCGUACCAGACAAGCACGGCACACACUAAUCCAUUCACACAGUCUUCAUCUUCUUCACCAAGCUCUGCAUCAAGCAGCGCACACGUAUUUGAUCCAUACUCAAGGUCUUCAUCUUCCUCACCAAGCUACACAACAACCAAACCCAAGAAAGAGUCUGAUUCAUGUGUUAUUGUCUAGCACCGCAGGAAAAGUGAGCACAGGGAUGUUUUUUCUGUUUUGGAUUGACAAUCCCACUGUACAACGUGUAAAAACAAACAAACAAAUGGAACAGUUCCGUUUUUCCAGAAUAUCAUAAAAAAAUUCAAGGCAGGAAGUUAAAUAACGUACAUGUUUCAGAAGACAUGUAUCAUGGCUGUCACCUUUAACACCUUUUCGUCACUUCAGGACAGAGGGUUAUCAAACUGUGCAUGAGUAGUGUUGCACCAACUUUGAUUUUCCGUAUCCUGAUAAAGGGCAACACACAGCAUUUAAUAGGCAAAGAAAACAUAGUUAUUUAGUUAUAACAUCAGCUUUUAUUAGACUGUGACUGAAAUGGGACUUUUUUAAGCUCACAGAGACAUUAUUCAGCAGUAACUUUGGUGAACCAGUUAUUUUACAGGACCCAGUUAGGUAAAAUGCAUUGAGUUUACCAACAAACAAGGCUGAAAUGGAUAUAUAUAAAUGGGUAGAAUAAGGUUUGAGCAGCCCGGUAAAAUAGGAAGGUUAGUGUUGAAUGCUAUUUUGCAGACUGACAAUCAGUGUCUGUUGCAGUUCAUCACAAAAUGUUUAAACAUUGUAAGAAAGAAAUGCAUUUAAGAGAAACUGGAAAUGGCAAAUGGGAUAUUUAUAGCCAGCUGCAAAAUGGAAGGGGACCACAUUUUGAUGCCCCCUUCUGAACAGAAGGGACUAAAAGAUUCUUUUUUACUCUUAUCACCUGAGAUGCAUAAUGUCUUUACUAUACAUGCUGCUAUAUUUGUUAAUCUGCUAUGUUCCCAAAAUUAAAAAAAAAAAAAAAAAAAAAGUGCAUUAUAGGGCUGCACAAUUUGGUGAAAAAGGCAUUGCAAUUAUUGUUGACAGUAGUAGUAUGAUUUUUGAAAGUGAUUUGAGUGUAUUGAGGGGGUUAUUCCAGUUUGAACACAAAAA